AUGACGAAGCGUACCAAGAAGGCAGGAAUCGUUGGCAAAUAUGGUACCAGGUAUGGUGCCAGUUUACGUAAACAGAUCAAGAAGAUGGAGGUCUCCCAGCACUCCAAGUACUUCUGUGAGUUCUGUGGCAAGUUUGCUGUGAAGAGGAAAGCAGUUGGUAUCUGGGGAUGCAAGGACUGUGGGAAGGUUAAGGCCGGUGGCGCCUACACCAUGAACACUGCUAGUGCGGUCACUGUCAGAAGCACAAUCCGGCGCCUGCGGGAGCAGACCGAAGCAUGA